ACACUCUCUGGAGUAUACAGUACAAUGUCUUGCCGAUAGUCCGCGGACCGGCCUCACACUCGUUUCUCGUCUUUUGCUUCGAUGCUGCUAUUGCUCAAUUAUUCACUAAUCUUAAUCGCGUCACGCCUGUCCGCCGCUCAUCGUUUUAUGCCACUCUCUCUCCGUCAUCGAAGCCGCCCGUAGCGAAUCCACGCCUUGGUCAGAAUGCGCCCACAAUCAUGGAUCAACUUCACCCACGUACGGGGAUUGCUCGUCUGCGCCCUGGUCCUUCCAGCAGUCAUCGCUGAAGAGACUGUGGCAGAAUCUGCGGGUGUUUCGCGACCUGGUCCAGACCAAGAGAUCGUCGACAUAGUGUCCGUCAAAGAUGCUCCACCCAUCGCUGGGACGAAUAUCCACCACCAAGGACACGCCCACGAGCAUCUUCAGGUGGAGGCCGAUGAAAUCGGAUCUAUCAUCCAGCGAUCGUCGAUAUCGUCUAGCUUCCCCACGGCCUUCGACACCAGCCUGUCCAACAACUUCACCACCGAGUCUUGCCCAAGCUUCUUCAAGAAUUUUCUCGCCGACUCCAGCUUCACCGACUGCCAUGCCAUCUCUACGCUCCUUCGCGACUCUGCCGGAUUCUUCCAUACUCUUAGAACCGCCGCCUCUACAUCACUUGUCCUCGACACAGCCUGCUCCGCCGACGUCUCGUCCUGCUCCUCCACCAUGUCCAGCUUUGCCUCCGACCUUCUCGCCGACGACAACUGCGGCCAGGACUACGAAGCCGGCAACCCUCUCGUCGCAAACGCCUACUACGACAUGAUUACCUACGAACCUAUCUACCGUGCCACCUGCCUCCAAAACCCGGACACAUCCGACUACUGCUUCGUCGAUGCCGUCACAAACUCCUCCAACCCAGUUGACUACGACAUUUACUUCCUCCCCUACGGCAGCACGAUUGACUCCAAGUCCACUCCAACCUGUGGCCCUUGCCUCCAAGCAACUCUAGACAUCUUCAGCGAAUGGGCCCAGGUCAAGGACCAGCCGCUUGCAGAUUCAUACAUCCCUUCAGCCAAGGCAGUCAACGGCAAAUGUGGUGCGGAUUUCGCAAAGGUUAACAUCACCGUUGGGGAAGAAGACGACAUCCCCUCUGCUGCCGCGUCGCAGCGAGCAAUCUCAUUCCCGCUCUGGGUUUCCCUAACAGUAGGCGCUGCCCUGGUAUCAUUAUGAGAUACCCAACCGUCACAACCACCUCGACCGCCUCUUCAAUCCUCCCUUCUAUAUAUAUUAUAUACCAUUACUGUUAACAAGCGUGUCUCGCCUUCUACAUUCCGACACUCCUUUUAUCUUAUUUUUUUAGCGUUGUCGUCCCGGUUUUGACUUUGAUCAUGUUUGGAUGAUGACAACGACUGCCUUUUGGUAUUUGAAUCGUGUAUAUACCAAUUAGAUAUAUACCAGCUAGAUAAAUCUAAUAUGCGAAAAAAACAAUAAUUGUUAAGUUAUAGUAUUAUUAACCUUG